CAGAGCAGACGAGAGGGGUGGAGACGCUGGAGGAAAAGAAAGGGAGAGUUCAUUUGUGUCAGAAUCGAGGGAUGUGUGCGGACCGGAGUUUCUGACAGACACUCGGUCUCUGAGACUGAACCUUCUUCUCUGUGGAUGUGGACGAACUGGUCGGCUGUGCCUCACGGGGACCAUGAGUCACCUGUCCUCUGUCACGCUGUGUCUGAUUGGCUGCUUGCUCACAGGCAGCGCUCUUGACAUCUCAGACGUGACUCUGAUAAAUCCAGACCCGGUUGUGUCUUCGGCGAACCUGCCGUCGCUCCUAUGUGUGAGCAGUGACUGGACGGGCUCUGGCACCAGUUUGCUGAGUUUGGGCCAUGAGUAUCCUGAUCCGAACCCUCAUGUUUUGAGCACUGAACCGGACCGAAGCCAUCACUCUGCUGCUAAAGUCACGUGGAUGUCUCGCAAUCACACCUUUGGAGCUUUUUACUGCCAAGUCAAGAACUCUAAUGGAAGUAAAAUCUACACCUACAAGAUGCUCCAUGAAGCUCCAUUCCUCCCUGAAUCUCUGACAAUCACUCUUAAUGAAGGUGAAGACUUAAACAUCACAUUCACGAAAAAGACGGAUUUACCAGAGGACGUAGUCAUCGAUAGAAACGGAUGUUUUGUACACACAGUACCCAAAGAUGAAAUUAAGGAAAAAAUGCAUUACCCAAUAACCAAUGCAGAAGCUCAAAGUCAUGCUGGAUUAUAUGCAAUCCGUUACAUUUCUGGAGCUACAUUCAGCUCCGCAAUAACCCGACUGAUCGUCAGGAGUUGUAAGGCUGGUUUAUGGGGAGUGAAUUGUACCAAAUCGUGUCUGCCCUGUGCUAACGGAGGCGUGUGUCAUGACGGGACGGGAGAAUGCAUCUGCCCUCCAGGCUUUAAAGGACCCACCUGUCAAACCGUGUGUGGCGAGGGCCGCUUUGGCAGCAGCUGUAAGGAGCGCUGUGUGGACGGAUCCUGCCGCUCUCUGGUCUUCUGUCUCAGAGACCCGUACGGCUGCUCCUGUGCGUCCGGAUGGAGGGGCCUCAACUGCAACGAGGUCUGUCCGUCUGGUUAUUAUGGUGCCGACUGUAAACAGAAAUGUGAGUGUGAACAGAUCAAAUGCAAUCGCUUCAGAGGAUGUGAGUGUGCAGGCAGGCAUGGAGCUCGCUGUGAGAGCCCAGACACAAGACCUGUGAUCGUGAGCAGUCUGAGAGACAUCGAGCUCAACUCAGGCGUCACAUACACCGUCAACUGCUCUGCGUCAGGCCAGCCUGCUCCUUUACAUGGGGAAAUAACCCUGGUCAAACCAGACAAAACCACUGUCUAUGCAGUGGACACACAGACAGAAAAGAAUCAGACGACAUCCACAUUCAGGGUGGAGAAAAUCACUGUAUCUGCUGCUGGCCGCUGGUUGUGUCAGGUGAAAAUCAAACACUUUCAGGAGGAGAAAGAAUUCAUGGUGAUUGUCAAAGUUCCGCCACAGCCUCAGAAACCACCCGUCCUGAACGGCAGCGGUCUGCAUCACCUGCUGCUGCUGGUCAAUAAAGAUCCCUACACUGGAGAUGGACCUCUCACUUCAGUCAAGGUCAUCUACAAGCAGGCUGGCACAUCUACAUGGAAAAGUGUUGAGGCGAGCGGCUCUCUGGUAAGGCUGGACAAUCUUUCUCCCAUGACGAGCUACACCACACGGGUGCAGCUCAGUCGCCACGGACCGGGAGGAACCGGCCAGCCCGGACCUGAAGCCAAUUUCUCCACACAGGUGCUUGAGCUGCCCGUGGGUGUGAAACUGACCCCCAUCAAUCAGACCUCGCUGGCCCUGUCGUGGGACAUGGCUUCUGCCGAGGAUGCCUGGGGUUACGAGGUCACGUGUCAGCAGGUUGGAGCUUCAGGAACCGUGAGGAAGUUUCAGCUCACGUCAAACUCCUCCGGUGUGCAUCUGAGCGAGCUGAAACCCAGACACAAAUACCAGUGCAGGGUGAGGACGACCAGCAGCGCCACAGAUCUGCCCUGUCCCAACGUCAGCGCCUGGACGCUGAGCGACCAGCUUCCUCCUCCUCCUGCCAACAUCUCCACCUGCAACAUCAGUGACAGCUCAGCCAUCAUCACCUGGUCGGUGGCCGAGGGUCACUCCAUCUUUAGAGCCCUCAUCCGCUACCAGCUGACCGAGCAGACGGACUACAGCCAGCAGGUGAACCUCAGCGUGCAGCCGGACCAGACCAGCAUGCACUUCCAGCUCCGGGGUCUGAGGGCCGACAGCACCUACCAGCUGGAGCUCUGGACCGUCAACAACAUGGGAGAGAGUACGGAGCGGCCACAGAUCAGCCUCCAGACACUGACCCCGCAGGAGAGCUCACAGCUGCACGGCCUCCAGGCUCAUAGUAAAAUGCUCUUCUACGCGAUACUGGGCUCCGCUGGCAUGACGUGCAUCACAAUCCUGCUGGCCUUCUGCAUCGUAUUACAGCUGAAGAGAGCCACCUUCCAGAGACGCAUGGUGCAGGCCUUUCACAACAUAGUGAGAGAGGAGCCUGUGGCCCAGUUUAGCUCUGUGCCUCUGAACAUGCCGAAGAAAGUUCCCAACUCCAGCCAAUCCGUGGCCUAUCCGACCCUGGAGUGGAGUGACAUAAAGUUCCAGGACGUGAUCGGAGAGGGAAACUUUGGACAGGUGCUGAAAGCUCGCAUUAAGAAAGACGGGCUGAGGAUGGAUGCGGCCAUCAAGAGAAUGAAAGAAUAUGCAUCUAAGGAUGACCACAGAGACUUUGCGGGGGAACUGGAGGUCUUGUGUAAGCUGGGUCACCAUCCGAACAUCAUUAACCUCCUGGGAGCGUGUGAACACAGAGGUUACCUGUAUUUGGCCAUUGAAUACGCUCCUCAUGGAAACCUGCUGGACUUCCUGCGUAAAAGCCGAGUGUUAGAGACGGACCCGGCCUUCGCCAUCGCUAACAGCACCGCGUCCACGCUCUCCUCGCAGCAGUUACUGCACUUCGCUGCAGACGUGGCACGUGGCAUGGACUACCUGAGCCAGAAACAUUUUAUUCACAGAGAUCUAGCAGCCAGAAACAUCCUGGUAGGAGAAAACUUUGUGGCAAAAAUUGCUGAUUUUGGCCUGUCCAGAGGUCAGGAGGUUUACGUGAAGAAGACCAUGGGCCGUCUGCCGGUGAGGUGGAUGGCCAUCGAAUCUCUCAACUACAGUGUUUAUACCACCAACAGUGACGUGUGGUCGUACGGCGUGCUGCUCUGGGAGGUCGUCAGCUUAGGUGGAACACCGUACUGCGGUCUGACGUGUGCAGAGCUCUACGAGAAACUCCCACUGGGCUUCCGGCUGGAGAAACCGCUGAACUGCGAUGACGAGGUGUAUGAGCUGAUGAAACAGUGCUGGAAGGAGAAGCCUUACGAGAGACCGUCAUUCGCUCAGAUCUUGAUGUCACUCAAUCGUAUGCUGGAGGAGAGGAAGACGUACGUCAACACGACGCUCUAUGAGAAAUUCACCUAUGCUGGCAUUGACUGUUCUGCGGAGGAAGCUGGCUGAUCUCAGAGCGAUUCAUUACGGUUAAUAUGAUCCUCUGAGCAGGAUUCACAGACUAGAGUUUUACACACAUUGUGUUUCAUUAGUAAAUGACUAUCGGAUCAUAUUUCUGUUUGUUGUGAAGUGUUUAUUGGUGUGUGAGAUGUUGAGUGCAGAUUCUGACAGAUGUGUGACGUUUGUAUAUUUCAUUGUUUUUAAUAAAACUCUGAUACUGCGA